AUGCCUCAAGCGCCGAAAUCGCUCAGCAUAGAUUCAGAUGCGGCGGUGGUGGCAGCGGCCGCGGCCGACGACCUUGUGCGAGCUUCGAGUCCUAGACCUCGCACUACAACCUUUACGCCUUCACGCCCGACUGUGCUUCUAACAAAAUCGUGGACCUCCGCCACUGUGCUUCCAUCGACAACCUCAACUCGCAUCACUGUCGGGGCCAACACCAGCACUGCAACCGAUGCUGCUUCAUCCAUUUCGCAGCACGAACCAAGCACCAGCUCGAAUUCCACGAGAGCUUCGACGCCGUUGCCCGAACUGUCGCCCAGUCCUUUCUCACCACAGACAGCAGUUGCCGAGGCAUUAACGAGAGAACAACAGCCGGCAGGACCGUCCGAUGACUCCCAAAGCCGCUCGAUACUACCACACGCAUCCGAUCAUAGCACGCCUUGCAACAGCGAUCAAGCUACGGAGGUCGCUUUCCAUGACGCUGCCGACGUUGAACCUGAAGCUGUAGGCACCACAGUGAGCUCCAGUAUUCACGCGCUCGAUCUGCUGCACCGUGUCAACGAUAGAGCAGCAGCUGAGAGGGCGUCAAAUUCCGAGAGCCUUCGAUCGCAUCUCUCACGACUGUCAGUUAGUCGAGCUUCCAGCAAGCAUCGCAGUCGAAGCAACAGCAGAGACGCAUCGACUCAGACAAGGGCGCUUCCGCCGGCAUUCCUAGGAACGAAACAAGCAGCACCGUCCGCUGCCAGUGCGGUAACGCAGACAAGUCUUCGGGACGAGGCAAAGGAUGGCGAUCGGCAACUGUACGAUACGUCGAGCGCCCCUUCACAUGAAGAAGAGCAGUACCCGGAUCGCAAGUAUUACAUCCUCUCGUCGGCUGGUAAACCGAUCUACAUCUCGCACGCCUCGCUUUCACGUCGCAAACGACGUCGUGAGAAGCGGCGGCGCCAGCGACGCGCCGAAUCGAACGAAUCUGACCUCAACAGCAACGAGAGUGACGAAGAAGACGAAAGCAGCACCACGCAGGUGGGCGUGAUGCAGGCGCUCAUCUCGAUCUUUGCCGACGAAGACUCAGAUAAGCUGCGCUUUAUUCGACGGGGCGAUCUACUCAUUACGUUUCUUCUGCGUGCGCCGCUCUACCUCGUCUGCGUGUCCAGUUGGAAUGAAGAGCCAAGUACGCUUCGGCAGCACCUUGAGUAUCUCUACCUGCAAGUGAUUAGUCUUGUAUCGGCGAGUCAGCUGACAAGGUUGUUCGGCCGAAUGCCGAAUUUCGACCUUCGCAGGCUGUUGGAGGGUACCGAAGGUAUCUUUGACUAUCUUGUCAACCAGCUCAAUGCCAAUGAGACGGAAGACGAUGACGCGGAACAAGGGCAGCAUCAAGUUGCAACUGGCGGAGUCGAGGCAAAGCGAGCCGUCACCGAUUGGGCUUCGUGCCACCAGUGGUGGCUGCAGGCUCUGCAGCCGAUUCGCAUCACGGUUCCAAACCUACGCGAUCAGCUCACUGCCGCCUUACAACCGCCCACGGCGGAAGCUGGAUCGUCGACGCAGCCGCACCGACCGAAAGACUUGCUUUACGUGCUGCUGUGCGCCAAUGGUCGCAUCGUGACGCUGCUCCGGCCGAGAAAGCACUCGGUACAUCCGAUCGACCUGCUGCUGCUGACCAACAUGGUGAUGGGCAGUCGCUCGAUCAAACGGUCGGGUGGUUCAGAGGACGCCGAGAUCUGGUUGCCGCUGAGCAUGCCCAAGUUCGCGCCGCACGGAUUCGUGCAUGCGUACGUCAAGUUUUUGGAUCCUGAAAGCUGGAUCGGUUCUCGACGAGAGGGAUCAGAGAUGGUAGGCGAUGCAAAGAUGACUUCGUCCGAGCUGGCGGUGAUCGUAGUGACGGGCGAUAAGGAUGCUUUUCCCACCGUGUCGGCUUGGAUCUCGUCGCUUGUUGCGCAACCGCCUGCACACUGGGCGGACAACACCGCUGACGAUGCUGGCGAUGCUGGUGAUGCUGGCUCAAUCAGAACGACCGACAUCAUGGCCAAGAGAGCAGCGUCGAAAAAGCAAGCUGGCAAGUCGGCUAAGCCAACACAAACAGAACUGGCGUCGUGGAUGACCCACUUUCAAAGACACAUUCUGACGCUGUGUCGGCAUCUGACGGACGCGAGUAAUAUCGAACAAGGCUCACCGCGCGUGUCGGCGUACACGUGCGCCGAGCUGGGUUUGGCCGGGCUGAGGCAUUUUGUCUAUCGAAGCAACAGUACGAUUCAGCUGACCUCGCCGAGCCUGCCGGAUCCGUAUGCAUCGGAUGCGGUACAUCGCAAGCGACUGCUGACGCUGUAUUCGCUGGUACAUCAUCAGAUCCACCAUCCUCUUCCAGCCAGCGCUUCGCACUCAGAAUCGAGCUCAUCCUCGACCACCGCCCCUCCAACUGGAAUGCUCAAUGGCGUCUUCGGAACCCCCGCGUCCUCCCACCCCCGUCUCUCUGCAGAUACAAGACUCAAAAUGCAUCUCGUAAAGUCGCACCACGAACAGAUCCUCGGCUGGAUCACAAGCCCCUUCGAACUCUAUCUCUGCCUCAAUCCACAACUCUCGAAAUCCGCAAUCGUCGCCGUCGCUAAUAGCCUCACCAAGUGGAUCAAGUCCAACGAAAACGACUUGUUCCUUGUCAAUGCUGGCAGCUUUUGA